CCAUCAUGUGGAACACCUCCGAGGCCAACUUCUCCUGCUACCACGAGUCUGUGCUGGGCUAUCGCUACGUGGCAGUUAUCUGGGGGGUGGUGGUGGUGGUGACAGGCACCGUGGGCAAUGUGCUCACCCUCCUGGCCUUGGCCAUGCAGCCCAGACUCCGCACCCGCUUCAACCUGCUCAUCGCCAACCUCACCCUGGCCGACCUGCUGUAUUGCACCCUCCUCCAGCCCUUCUCCGUCGACACCUACCUCCACCUUCACUGGCGCGCGGGCGCCACCUUCUGCAGGGUAUUCGGGCUCCUCCUCUUUGCCGCCAACUCCGUCUCCAUCCUCACCCUCUGCCUCAUCGCGCUGGGACGCUACCUUCUCAUCACCCACCCUAAGCUCUUCCCCCGAGUCUUCAGCGCCACGGGGGUCGUGCUGGCGCUGGCGGGCACCUGGGUGGUGGGCGUGGCCAGCUUCGCCCCGCUCUGGCCUGUCUACAUCCUGGUGCCCGUGGUCUGCACCUGCAGCUUUGACCGCAUCCGAGGCCGGCCUUACACGACCAUCCUCAUGGGCAUCUACUUUGUGCUGGGCCUCAGCAGCGUUGGCAUCUUCUACUGUCUCAUCCACCGCCAAGUGAAACGGGCAGCGCAGGCGCUGGACCAGUACAAGCUGCAGCGGGCAAGCGUUCGCUCCAACCACGUGGCCGGGACAGAGGACGCCGUGCCUGGCCGUUUCCAGGAGCUGGACAGCAGGCUGGCCUCAGGAGGGCCCAGUGAGGGGACCUCGUCUGAGCCAGUCAGCGCGGCCACCACUCAGACUCUGGAAGGGGACUCAUCCGAGGUGGGGGACCACGGCAUCAGCAAGGGAGCCAAGCAGGGGCCCGAGAAAGGGGCUCCGACCAUGGCUGCCAAAGCCCAGCCAGCGAAAGGGGCCCGGAGAGCCCCGGACUCCUCGGCAGAGUUUGGAAAGGUGACUCGGAUGUGUUUUGCUGUGUUCCUCUGUUUUGCUCUGAGCUACAUUCCCUUCCUGCUGCUCAACAUCCUGGAUGCCAGGGUCCGGGCCCCCCGGGUCCUCCACAUGCUCGCGGCCAACCUCACCUGGCUCAAUGGGUGCAUCAACCCCGUACUCUACGCGGCCAUGAACCGUCAGUUCCGCCAAGCCUAUGGCUCCAUCUUAAAACGAGGGCCCCAGAGUUUCCGCAGGUUCCGUUAGAACUG